AUGGAGGAGGAGGGAAACAAUCAGCUGGCCUUCCUGGAUGUCCUCUUCUGCCCCAAAGAUUGUGGUGGCCUUAAAACCAAAGUGUUCAGGAAAGCGACAAAUACGACGCAAAUACUGAACUUCAAUAGCAACCACCCGAUCAGUCACAAACGCAGUUGCGUAAGGGCACUAUACCGGCGCGUUGAGACGCACUGCAGUGAAAUGGAAGACAAGGUUGCUGAAUUACAAUAUCUUCGACGGCUACUGAGAGUCAGUGGCUCCCCGAGCAACUUUGUCAACCAGUGCAUCCGAAAACGAAGCCAAAGACCAAAUCCAACUGGCCCCAAAUUUUGGCGGGCUCUUCGGUACGUGAAGAACGUUUCUGAAGCCGUCAGUAGUCAUCUCACUCCACCUGGAGCCGGGGUUGCAACAAGCCGGAAGCAACCAUCAGGCGCCAGUUCAUGAGACCAAAAGACCAGUUGCCACGGCAGGAAACGUCUGGAGUCGUUUACCGGAUCUGGUGUAGUUGCGGACAAAGCAACCAUGUGGGAGAAACUGGGAGAUUAUUCUGGACGCGAAUUGCCAAGCCCGCAGCAGCAGUGAGGCGGGGAGACGCUAGCUCUCAGGUGACGGCGCAUUCGACGGGACGCGGCCAUAUUUUCAAGUUUCAAGAGGCCGAAAGCUGCGCAAGGGGUGACAACUGCGUGAGCCGCGAGCCGCUCGUGUCAUGUUUCUCAGGCCUGCAAUCCAUCAACAAGCGUAAUGACCUCCCGUUACCGUAUUUUGUGCUUGGAGUUUCCCUGUGCAGGGAAAUCGGUCGCGUGGGGAGGGCGCGGGCGAGCAAUUAUCCCAGUGACAGUGGGCUAAUUUGCCGAGCAAUCGUCUCACUACCAUCCAGCACGGAUGACGAAAUCACGGUCAGCAAUUACUCGGACGCGGACUGACAAGCCACAAUCGCGUUAAUUACGACCCCAGCUGUGAUUGCCAGAGCUGUUAAUUUCAGUGAGCCAAUGGUCCCACGGCAGCCACGUGCUAUAAAUACUGCAUUCCUUGUGCCACCAUUACCCUUAUCUGUGACCGUCUCUGAUGAUGGGUUCGAGUGAGAAUCCGAAACGUCAGGCCAAUACUUCUAACUCGCCCGUUCGCUCCUAUUAGCAGACUUUGAAACUUUGUGCAUAGUCCUGGCCGUGUUUCCAUGCGGACUGUACUCCUACGAAGUGUUCCAUCUGACUUUUCCCCUAAAUGGGUUGUCCAGAAAGAGAGGGUACUUUAUUUCCAUCGAGAAACUCAAGGCUGGGUUAGAUUGAUUCCUUUUCCUCUGGAGGCAGUUUGAACCAAGCUUUUUAUACCCUUGUACGACAUUGCAACCCAUUUUAACUGAGGUAUUGCUCAGGUCUAAGCGAGUUUAUUUGCGUAAGAAAAGCAUUCGAGUUGAAAUUACACUGCUAACUCUGUUAUGGAGGGUAUAGGAUGAAGAGUGUGGGGUGAAAUGCUUUAGUGUGAGCAGGAAUGUCAUUUGUCGACGAAAAUAUAGGCCAAUAAGGAUUAGUUGUUUGCUAUAUGGCGUGGGACCUAUUGGAACUGCGCCAUGUUUGGGGGUGGAGUUUGUGAUGGGGAAGUAGUGUUUUUUAGAACUAAACUCUUUAAAGUUUCGAGUGUCAAAAGGCUGUACUGGGUCCCGCUUUUAAACCAUGCACCUGCUUAUACCUGGGUGAAGCUACUGGUGGGAUUGUUGAGGAUGUGACUGCAAGCGGUCUGUUCUUUGGUUGGCAUUCGCUGACAUCGACAGUGGUUGCAUUCCCUCCAGAGUCACCUAAAUUAGGACAUAUCAAGGAUACAGGGGACGACUCAUAUAAUUCAGGAUUUGUCAGGAUUUGUCGAAGCUAAGAAUAUUUAAACUUCUGCAUGCGUGUGGAAUCGGCAGAGACAGAAUAAUGACACUGUCGGCAAAAUUCUUUUGAAUAUCACUCCAUGACACAAGAGACCAACUUUUUUCUCAGAUAAGAAGGUAACUAGUAUGGAGACAUCGGGACUCAGUGAGGGUAGUCGUCUAGAAGGUGUGACCGUAAUUUAUAAGUCGCAAUUCUGCAGAAAUUUGGAAGAUCCCUCGAUACCAGGUUGGCAACAAAACUCACUACUUAUUCUUACGGUGGCUAUUAGGACAAAUGAUGAAACAAAUUAAAUAUUAGGUGAACACGACCAUACAAGUAAAUUACUUUCUUAAGAUACUCGACGAUUUCACAGAAGAUGUCUACGAAUAAAUUGGCUUUUGGCAGCAAACAAUCACUGAUCUGCCAGGUAAAACCCCAAUCGUACCCCAAUGGGAGCACUCGUUUUAGUUACUGAAUUUGUGAAGUUCCUAUUGAAUGUUCCGUGCACGGACCUAUGGCCAAAUGAGCGUAAAACUGUUUUUAGAUAUCAUUACAUGUUCUGUCAUUACGGUAAAUCGUACAACAUUUGCAAACCGAUAGUUCAGCCGCCACAAAGGACAACGCCCUCAUCAAACCCCACAGAGAAGACACGAGAUCGGUAGCUUGCGCGUAGAAAAGUUCACUGUGAAGCGGACCUCCGAGGCUCCUACUGUUUCCUCCAUCUACCUCUUCCACCAGGUUUUGAUGACAAGACAGUCCGGCCGACUGAAGCUGGGCUAGGAUGCGGUAGUCAACCAACUCAACAAUGUGUCUGCGCGGACACACACACGACUACCUGCUACCACUACAUGUGUCAGGAUCUGUAGGAGCGUGCGAGCCCCAUACGUGCAUGAGUGCCAUGAAGACCACACGCACCAAUCAGUCGUCCCACACAUAUCACUGGUCAAGAGGAUCGUGUUACCUCACCAGUUGGAAACCUUCGCAGGCCAACUUUUGGCGUGUCGUGGUACAUUAAGACGCGUCAGUUCAGUGUAUAAAAGAGCGCUUUGAUGUAGGAUGGGAUAGGGUCUCCUGGAGUCGGCUGCACUCCCUCUUCCACGAACCAAUUGACAGACCGAGUCUGUCAGCCAACUGAAAAUGGAGUGGAGCGCAGUGGCUGACAGAGCUAGACGGCCCAUCCACACCUACCAAAGACGACUUGAUAUCUUCUUUAUGUAUCGGAAGCAGGAAGAACAAAUCUUUAACUCGUAUGCGAUGAGCAUGUUUUUUUCGUGUGACGUUGCGUCCGCAUUACCGCUGAUGGUUGAACAAGUCAAAAAAUUGCUACUGAACGUAGUCAGAAUGUAACGGGACCUGAUGCGUGGUGUGGAGCAGGUUAGUAUAUGGUCUAGGGAUAUGUGGGCUGGUAGGAUGAUAAAUGGUGAUGGAGUUUCGAGUCUGAUGGUUAACAGCAAAUUUUCAUGGAGAUGAUUGUGGCCGGGCGGGCUCAUACGAUGACUGAAUGUGCCUGGAGGGUGUGGGGAGGUGAAUCGGGUGCGACGGAUAUGGGUUUAGAUUCCUGACAUUGGUUCACUGGUCUCAUUGCGACGGAUAUGCAAAUGAUCGACCAAGUCGACAUGUUUUUAAAUAUACGGUUGAGGGAAGGACGAGAUAUGAUUAUGACUACCGAACCGGUGGUAGAGAAGCUGCCGAUAUAGCUGAUGAGUUUGUUUUGUUGAAAUUGUGGUGAAUUCCGCUUUCGCGUAUGUGCAUGUGACUGAGAAGACCCGUGCGGCAUCUUAAUGCCCCGGGACAUUUUGGGGGAGACCAGACGCGUGUUAUGGGUGUAUGUCAGGACUCCAGGCACCAAUUCCCAGAUCAAAGUGCCAUGGAUUCGCAAGUGGCCGAUCUGGCCAAUGCUUGAUUCAAAGGCCUGAUCGCAGUGGGAACAGGCUGAGAUUCAGCCUCCAUUUUCGGUGGAGGGGUGGUAGUUGGCGUAGUGCCGGUACUAUUCUUAACAGUGCUUGUGAUAGUGGUGGCAGUGGCAGUUGUGGUGAUGGUAGUGGUGGUGGCGGCGGUGGUGGUGGUGGUGAUGGUGGUGGUGGUGGUGGUUGAUUUGGGGACGUUUUUCGAGAUUGGAAUGGGGCUGCUUGUUGCUAUUCGAUGGGGUCAUGCUAAGUACAGCGAAACAGAUUCUAGGGCGAAAUACUUAUAGACAGCAUGGGCACGGUAGGAUGAGUAGGUGCUUGAUUUAUUGUUUCUUGACUACUGACACACGCUUGCCGCUUUUGCGUUGACAGUAAAUAAAUAAAUAAAUAUAAAUAAAUUUUUAUUUAAUGCCAGUUUACAGGCAGUGUCAAGGGAAGCGUUUAAACAUAAAUCCGACCGGCAGUGAAAAAAACUCUUGAGCUAAAGGGAUAAAAAUAUAGUUGAUGGUGGUUUUUAUGGUUUGGAGGGCUCAGUAAUUAUUCUGUCAGUUCCAGUCGUCGCUGCGGUUUUCCAAGUCCACCAAUCUUACGCUUGACCCCUACGAUUCCGUGAGUUGAUUCAUAGGUGCAUGAAGGAAAUUCCCAGGGCAUCUAAGUUGUCCAUAAUUGGCAACAUUCAUGGGCCAUCAAGGCCGUCAUUGAUGAUGAUUUUAUCUCUGAAUAAUAACAGAUAGCGGUAAACAAAGUAGCAGAUGGGUUCAAGAAGUUUCGCGAUUCUGAGUGGAAACUCCCAUAGAAUAGGCAAUGAACGUUAGUCUUGGAUGUGAAAAUGGGCAUCACUCAGGCAUUAUCCACAAUAUCGGAUCUCGCCUUGAUUUUUCCGAAUUUUGUCACCGUUCACGUUUCUGUCCAAAAGAGCUCCUUUUUCGCGGUGGGAAUAUAAGUGCUUCCGUAUGCAUUUCAGAGUUUACACAGCACGGCAAUCUGCACAUUUUUCAUGUCCCUGUUGACCUUUCUUGAUUUCUACAAAGGCCUUCAGGGUUUCACUUUGGAUUAACACCUAUGCAAACUUUUGUGUAGAAACAACUUUAAUUUUUAAUUUUUUCGGCUAUUUCAUUAUUAUAAAUCAGUUUGGAUCGUAGGAUAUGUGGUCUUAGCAAAUUGGCGACCAGAAAAUGUGUUUUGUCAUCCUCCUUUUUGUAGCGCCUAUUAUAGACAGGACGGACAUUAACUAGGGGUACCCACGCUUUUGCAGGCGAUUUGCGCUGAUUUAGUUCUUUGCAUGUUGGUUUAGGAAAUCGAACAUAAAUAACUUUGUUAGUGCAUGAGAUCAAUUCGUAUUUUCUUGUGCAGUUACACUAUGAGUCAGCAAGACGGAAGCAUCGAGAUCUAUACUUUAAUAAAUAGGAUCAUCCUUUCGUGUCUUGCCAUACGGCCAACUGUACCGGAUUCAAACAUGCCGAUAGCCUACUGAAGCUGGCUGCGCGCUUUUAGGCGUCAUCGCUUUUGUUCCCUCAUGUUCUCAGCUGCAGAUGAUAGUCCUUUUAUGGUCUGAAAAGUCAUUCGUUGAGAUUAAAGGACUAACGGACGCAUUGGGUUUAAGUAUGAUGAAACCCAGUAGAAUAUUCGACUGCCCAGUUAGACUGCCAAUAGUGAAAUGAAAGAUGCGGACUGACCUGCUGAUAUUGAAAUGUCAAAUUGGCUGAAGUUUUCGUAACCUCGAGAAAAUAGCCUGCAAAAUUUUCCACGACUUUGCUUCUUUCGUGUUUGUCUCCUGGAUAUCAGUAUGUUCUGAGACGGUUAACUUAACCUCAGCUCGUCUCUGAAAUGUUGUAAUAAGUGCGUGCAUACUUUCCAACAGUUACAGGAUCCUGCAAGGGGUACUGGAUUGCACUGGCCUGCAACGGCAGCCAGAGUCGUAAAAAGAGUCUGGCCGCUGCGAAAUUCGUGGCUGACCCCGAAUAAAUUAUGGAGGAACUGGACGCCACUUAAGGGAAAAAUUUAUCCUGUACACAAUACAUUGUUGAUGGUUUGAGGAAAAGGAAGUGCCACCGGAUAGAAGGACUUGUUUGGCUGGCGUUUCGAAAGGCUGGGCGGCUCUCCACUAUCGAAGCUUCUAGUGCAAAAAUCGACCAGAAUUUUGAAAAGACAGCCGAAUUAGUUGGCCUUGAGCUGGUCGAUGUUUUCCUUCUUUCGCUGCCUUAGCCUACUGGCCGUCGCUUGUGAGUGUUGGCCUCCUGUAUUGUGUGUCGUCACCUCAAUUGGUUUAGUUGCGUUUCCGUCCCCCUUUUGGGUGAAUUGGUCGACAGGCUGUGUUUGCUCGGUAUCCGUAGGCUCCGUAUGACUGUCUUGUCUUCGUCACGGCGUAUGUAGUGACGUAGGACUUUAUUAGCCGAAGGAAGGUCUCGAUGCCUGUUGAUGGAGUUGGUAUCUGAGUACCAAGUCUCAAAUGUGAGACGCUCUGUCCUUGAGGUGUCUCUGCCUAAGACGGCUGCUUCUUGAAAAUCAGAACUGUGUCCAGUUUCCCCGAUGUGAGCCGCAAGCUGUGAGUUUGGGUCUAUUCUCAGAGUUGCCAUUUUGUGCUCAUGUAGGCGGGUCUGCAAUUUCCGUCCAGUUUCCCCGACGUAUUUGCAGUCUCCAUCGUUACAACGUAUUCGAUAGACAACUGCUGAGGUUUCGGCGGGUGGCAGUAUGUCUUUGGGUUGCAUUAAACGGCGACGAAUUGUUUCCUGGGGUCGAUGGGCUAUGCCUACCCUGGCGGAUUGAAACAGUCGUGAGACCACCUCGGAGACUCCUUUACUGUAAGGAAUAGCCCUCCAGACUUCGGUUUGUUCUUCUUGUGGCCGUCGCCUGUUCACUCGGCGCCUGCUUUGCUUGAUAGUUUGGAGCAGGCGGGCAACCAGACCAGCGUGAUAAGUCUGGCUUCAAAGUGCCACGGGGACAGACGUCAAUGCGCCAUGUGUAUUGCUGUAAUUAGACAACAAUCAGACUGUCGAAAUUACGCGCGUUCUAGUACGUGCCUGAGACGCAACGUUGCAGCAGAAACCCGAAGUAGGGUCCCUACAAAACAACCGGAAUUUGUAAAUGUGGGCACUUAUUUAAGGUCCCAUAUUGUCGUUUUUUCCGUCUUCAACUUAAUUUUUUUUCGGAAACUGUCUCUCACUGCCGACCUGGUCUCGUGAAUUUUAUUUUCAUUUCAUAUUAUUAUUUGUUUGCUUCAAGAUUUCGACACUCCCUACGGUAGAUAAGAAUAUUCGUUAUAAGGAAACAUGCUUACGAUUAGCCGUGUGAAUACUCCCAGUGGUGUUAUUCCGUCUUUUUAUGUUUUCACUAAAUAGGUACGAAAAUUAUGCGUAUGCGUAUCAUGGGAUGUCUCUUGCGAGCAGCGAGUCUGAGAUCCUUUUCCACGGCGACCCAUACUUCAGAAGGUAAUCAUAAUGGACGUCAUGUCUAUUUUCCAGGAACCGCUCUUAAAUGCCUGAGUGAAGCAAUCAAAAACAACAACUUUAAAGCAGUCGAGAAAAUUAUUUAUGAACAGGUAUCUGAUUUUCUUUGUCCAUGUAAAAAGGAUCCCUAUGAAGUGCGACGUGUAAAGAUGCCUGCCUACACGACGGAGGAAGAACCCAACUUGAUUGCGUCGUCUGCACCGACCCGUCUUAUUGGCUGCCUUUGUACGUAUUAAAUUUUAUUUUUCCUCCGUUUGCUUCCUGAUGCCACAGCGUCACGCAGACCGUUGCGCCACACGGUCCCCAAGAACAUAUUGCGCCUUAUCUGCAGUUUCACUAGUCAGCUGGCACCCUCUGCAAUCCACGCGCAUGUGUCAAAUAUUCCGCUACCUAAGAAGCUAAGCAAGCCCUGUACUCUGCGGUUCUUUGCCAGCUUCAUAAUGACUUUAACUCCCCUCUUCCCAUCCGUGUUCUGUUAAACCCGACCAGCAUUUGCGGUCGAGAGGAGUUAAUGGCUGCUACAAGUAGCAACCCUGAACUUACUCGGCCCUCCAUAAGACAGAAAUAAUUCAGCUGAGUUAUACUUUGCAGAACUUUUUAUGGCACGUUCUGAGCUCACCUAACUGACACUGACGCUGCCGACGUAGCUUUUGACGUCACUUUGUUCACACCCUCAUGGUUGUCCAUCUGUUACAGGUGAACCGGAGGCCAAUGCCAUUAACUGGAUGGAGAUUUCUAAAGGACCCCCAAAGAAGUGUUAUUGCGGACACUGGUUUAAAUUAGUUGACUUUGAAGAGUAUCUGGACAAGUCAUCUGAUUGA